AUGCAAACAUUUUUUUUCUCAAAGAGAUUCCUGUUCACACUCAUCGUUGUCGUCCUCGUGGCUCACCUCUAUCCCAAGAUAAAGUCUUCAAUAGUUAAGCGUCUAUACUCAUCGAUGUCUACCGGCCUAACACCCAGAUCGACCCUCAAGGCUGUUUAUGCCCAGGAGCAAAGUGAGGGAGCUGGUGCUCGUGUUCGUCGUUCCAUUGGAACCUACGAAAUGCGUCACUUUACUCCCUUCCUGAUGCUUGACCACUUCAACUCCUCUGGGUUGAACGGAUUUCCAGACCAUCCUCACAGAGGCCAAGAGACCAUUACCUAUAUGAUUAAUGGUCAGAUGGCCCACGAGGACUUUACCGGAUCCAAGGGAAUCCUCAACCCUGGUGACCUCCAGUUCAUGACUGCUGGUCGUGGAAUCGUUCAUUCAGAGAUGCCUGUUCCGCAGCCCGACGGGUCUUCCAAUGUGGGAAUGCAACUGUGGGUUGAUUUGCCCAGAAACCUCAAGUCGUGUGAACCAAGAUAUCGCGACCUGAAGGCUGCUGAGAUUCCAAUUGCUAAGCCAGAUGACAAGGUCACUGUCAAGGUCAUUUCAGGUGAAUCCUAUGGAGUCAAGUCUGUUCAGGACCUUGCCUAUACACCAGUGGAUUACUACCACUACACCGUUCUCCCAGGUGGAACGUUUGAACAGCCAGUCUCCUCUGAUCAUGCCACCUUCUUGUACCUGAUGAGCGGUAACAUCAAGAUUAACGGUAAGGUUUAUCCCCAAUAUCAUUCUGUAUUUUUCAAGCGUGAUGGAAACGCUGUUGUCGGUGAGGUUCCUGCUGAUUCCACCGAACCAGCUGAUUUUGUGCUGAUUGGAGGCCAAAUUAUGGACCAGCCAAUUGUCCAACACGGACCUUUUGUGGAGUGCUCGAAAGAGAAGAUCUAUCAGGCUUUCGUGGAUUACCAGACCGGUUCCAAUGGUUUCGAGAGAUCUCGUAACUGGAGCAGUUCCAUUGCCGAGGGAGUCACUCCAGAGAUUGUCAAGGAGCUUUCCAACAAAUAG